AUGGAUGCGCCUCCCCCUCCCGACAAGCUCGCUAAACUCCAGGGCAAAGUGGUCAACACGCUCCAAAUCGGUGUUCCGUCCAUGCUUCUUGCUUUGAGAGCCCUUAUCCUAGCAGGUAUCCCAGUCGUGGAGUAUGGCGCGCAGAUUUACCACCAAAGUGGAGACAGAAGAUACUAUCUACUGAAUCCGGAGUGGGUGAUCCCCGACGACCAGCUGCCCGGGGCUUCCCAGAUCCUGGUCGAAGCAGGCUACCCUCGAAUUUUUCCCUCGGUACGGCCCUGGGUAGGAUGGUGGGAUACCAGAGCCUGGUGCCACGACAUCAAGAUGCCAGAGCAUAAUCUGGAUUUCGGGGUUGUUUAUCUCCUGCCUCUAUCCAUCGUUGGCUUCUCCCUCGCAGACACUGCUAGAGUCCCCUGUACAUUCGACGACACCUUCAACAUUCUCACCCCCAAGCCUGUCGCCUACUGUGUCUCUUUAGUCAAGCUUCUUCGAGGGUUUGAGGUAGACGACCCUCUCCGAUUCCGCGUGCAGGCAGAUUUGAUGCAUUUCAUAUGCCAUGCUAUCGACCAAAUUCCCGUGGAGGCUACUCCUUAUAUUGUCUUGCCUACCAUGGAGCAGAAGAUGAAGACCGACAAUGGCAUAAGGACUGUGAUCCACUGGCAAUGGGGGAGGACCGAUAUUUUGACCAAGAGCAUCAUUCUUCAUUGUGUUCGAGACCCCCAGAUGAUCUGGCGGAUUUCGAAGAAUACGAACUUCGAGGGUGGAAAGGUCCCGACUGAUAAUAUCGGUAUGACGAAACUCGUCUUUUGA